UGAUGCAUGGCAGAGUCAGAGUAGAACGGCAGGAAUUCAUCACACUUUCACUACGGCGCGACAUUGUGGUUCCGGAGGGCAUCGAUCGAAACCCAGCUUAGCCUCUGCUACGUGAUGUAUGUACUGGCUGAGCCUCAGCGUUGGCUUAUACUCCUGUGCUGCAGGAUGGUGUAAGGAUGCCUGCUGAUAACAUGUUCCCUGGUCUCGCCUUGUCGGGCUGCACCCCUGACCAGUUGCCCAUCAACCCGACCUCUCCAGACAAACUAAUGUCUGCAGCCAGCACAACGACCACUGCGGCUGCGUUUGAGGAGGAACUGGCUGCAGCCUUCAGCAGAGCACCACAACUGCCACCGGAAUGGGCCGAGAAGGCGGCAAAUGAACUGAACGAGAAGCCGGAAACCGUCCAAGAAACCAUCAGUUCUCUCAGGAGCAUGGUGAUAGCCGAGACGAAUCUCCGAGUGAGAACAGACGAUGCUUUUCUCCUCAGGUUCCUUCGUGCUCGGAAAUUCAACUGCGCCAAAGCAUUCCAUAUGUUGCAGCGGUACUACGUCAUGAAGCUGCGCUGCCCUGAGCUGUUCAAAGUACCGCUGCCGUCGGAGAAGCAGCACAUCCUGGAGAUGCAAGCUCAGAACAUGCUGGAGGACAGAGACGGUAGUGGUCGCAGAGUCUACAUAUUCAGAGUAGAGAAAUGCGACGCAGCGAAUGUCAGCAUUGAGGACAUUUUCCGUACCAAUGUGCUGGCUCUGGAGCACAUUGUCCAAGAGCCUGAGACACAGAUCGCAGGCCUCAUCGUCGUUGUGGAUAUGAACGGCUUCGGCUUCCAGCAUGCCAAGUUCCUCUCACCGUACUAUGCCCGCCGCACCGUUGAGGUCAUCCAGGAAACUUUUCCUCUGAGAUUCAAAGGAUUCCAUGUGAUCAAUCAGCCGUUCUACUUUGAUGCUGUAUUCGCAGUGCUCAAGCCUUUCCUCAAAGACAAGAUAAGGAGACGUAUCUACCUUCAUGGUAGGGACCUUAACGCACUGCAUGCGUUCAUCAGCCCAGAAAUCCUACCGGCAGAAUAUGGCGGCAAGAAGCCUAGUUUUGACAACAGAACAUGGCGACUGUCACUUCUGGCGAACGAAGACAAGUUUAUUGAACUGGAGACGUAUGGCUAUAAAGUCCGUGAAUUGCCGCAAGAUGCGACGAAAUGAUUUAUUAUCACGGAUUCUGAACCAAGAUGGUUGCUCAGCAAGUUGCAUACAGAACAGUUUCCAGCCUUGUGUCCUGAAUUAAAGGUUCGAAACAGGGGCAUUACGAUUCCUUUAUAGCGCACUUAAAACUAUUGUUCUCCUCCCUUAUUCCCCUUUUUCCUUCCUUCUACAUUAUGUUCGCCUUAAGUGAAGGAAAUAUAAUUCUUACAGUUUAUAUUAUAACAACAGUCUCUUUCAAGUUUCAUCAGCAUUUUCACUAGGAUCUGGUCAGUAUUAUACAGGUCAGUUUACUUAAUUCUGUAAAACCAAUUCACUGCCUCAGUCUCUCUUAACCAUGGAAACUUUGGGGCCUUUAAAAAUGUAAAUCUGUGUUCAUACAUAAGUAUAUUUUACUGAUAUUUUUAAUUACUUAAAAAGGCGGAGUAUUUCUGCUGAUAACUCAGUAUUAAUAUAUUCCAUUCCUAUAUUACUUUCAACACUCUAUGUACUUUAUUCUGUUUUCUAUUUCCCUGAGUAGAACUUCCAAAUUUUAAUAUAUUACAAAUGCGUAUAUUGGGAACACUUUCCGUUGACGCAUGCAAAUCUGCCUAAGGAGAUAGGAAUUGUAAUUCACAUAGCUACCAACCAAUGGCAGAAUAAGAGUACUGUCUUCUGGGAUAUAACGCCGUGUAGUCUGCUGAAAAUCAAGUAGAACCAUCUGCUUGCCACUUUCUUUCACGCUGAUUUUUGCUCGUCUUUUUCUUCGACCCUGAAGAUGGAGGUGAUAUGUUCCUCCGGAACGUUCUUUGACUUUCAGCGGACUACAGGGCGUUAUAUCCUAGAAGGUAAAUCUCCACAACCACACCUGUGAGAACCUCAAAUCCUAAAUAGCAAAAUAAUUUCCAAACUUUAUAUGAGUGAACUUCCACACAGAAAUAUUUCCUGUAGAGGUAAAAUACUGGGCCCACCAAAACAUAGCAAUGUGACAGUUUACUGCUGUUUCUCUGCCAUAAGAACGCCAGUCUCAUUAAAACCUUUACAGCAUAUUUGUAUUGAAAGACUUCUGAACAAUUAUUCAAAUGUAACUGUACAAGUGUACGAAGAAGAAGAAUGUGUAUUCCAUAACGUCAUUUGAAGUUAAAUAAACUACACAAUCAUUGCCAAAACACAAGUGUCACAACACGGAUCGCGUAUAAUUAUCCUAAAUUUGCAGAGAACUCGUGUGUAUUAGGAUUCAUUCCGCGUGCAUAUCUCACUAAGUGUAUUUUAUGUUCCAAAGUGCCUCUUAUUCUCAAGCCUGUUCCUUGGAUUCCAAAUUGCAUUCCAAGCUUAUCACAAAUUAACUAAAUUUCGUCUUUAAAAUGGCACACCUCUUAGCCGGGGUCAUGCGGUAGCGUAGUUGGUUGAGGCACCAUGCUACAAGCUGGAAAGUCGCGGGUUCAAGUCCCGAUGAGGUGGA